CAUAAAAAUACCUAUUUAUAUUGAUCGGAAUGUCAGUUUAAUAAACGCUCGUUCAGAUAAAACGUAAUAAAAAUAUCAUUACAGUUGCUAGGAAUAUCCCCCGGUGACAUCCAAAACAACAGACUGCAGAUCUUCUUCCCCUACUUCAUCUUGGUAGAUGUGCCCCUUCUCAUACCCACCAUCGUAUCAGUUUUCCUUUCCUUCGCUGUUCUCUUCAAAAUUAUGUAUAAACGCUACCAAUACAUCACUGAGAAACAAAACCAGUUGGUGUUAUCAACUUCGGUGCAGUUAAACAAGUGUUCCAACAUGAGCAAGCUCCGGGCAGCUAUAAUGUGGACAAAGGUGGAUAACCACAAGGUAAAAUCACUGACGCGAGCAAGUUGCACCAUGUUAAUAAUAGUUCUCAGCUACACAAUCUUCUACAGCUACACCUGGUUUAUCUGUAUAGCUAACACUCUGGUACUUCUCGGUGCUCAGCUCCCCUCAUUUAGCAAGAUGACAACAGAUCGCGCCUGGAUGUACAUCUCCAACUCAUUCCACAUCACCGUGUUUUUCCAGUCAGCACUGACGCCCUUCAUCGUGUACUACCGUGUCAUUGCUAACUUUUCUGCGUCUGGUCAAGGUGGCAAGUCGACCACCGUGAAACACAGGACAAACAAUUCCGACCAUCAUGUCAAUAAUCAGAAAAUGGUGAACUCAAAGAAUAAGAAUGGACGGAGUUGUGAUUAUGUGCCGGAUAAAAAUCAAAAUGGAAAGGAACAGAAGUUUGUAUGAUAGUUUAAGUUUCCUUUCAUGUUGUUUUUAAGCUGUGUUUUCUUUCAUUCCUUCCACUGCAUUAUUGGAAGAUCUGACAGUGACCACAAAUUUGCCGUUCGAUUUUAUGAUCUUUGUUCAUAUAACAACUCACAUAAUUCAAAAAAUGUGGUUAAAUUGAUUAAACUCAAAUUUAUAUGCGACAUUUUAACAAGGUCUGGUUACAAAUAAUAAAACAAAUAAUUCAUAGCUUUUAAGGUUUAGUUCAUUUUUAAAGUCUAGUUCAUUUUUAGAGUCUAGUUCAUUCUUACUUGAUUAUUGUUGGUUAAGCUUAGGCUGUUUAGGUUUUUGGUCGAGUGUUAUCGGGAUAACUUCUGUAGUGGAUGUACAGCAAUACUAAGGUGAUGUAAAUAGGACUACUGCGGACCCUCUACCGGCCAAACCUUUUCAACAAAGCCGCACUCCGCAGUCAUGGGUUCGGUGAACGGUAGCUAAAAGCGCGCUAAAAAAAGGUUUUUGUCGGACGUGUAUUAUUCGAGUGGAAGUUAUCAGACAGAAACCUCAGUUAAUCAUUUAGAAUUUUAUUUAUUUACCAGUGUUCAGUGAAACUGAAAUGUUCUAAUUUCCUAGAGAGUGAUCAUCGAAAUUUAUGAAAUUAUGACAAAUUAUUUGUCAUAAUUUCAUAGUAAUACAGAUUAUUGCUGUAAUAGAAUUGUUCAUAUCGAAAUGAAGCGAGCGACAGAUCACUUGAAAAAAUAUAUUUAUUGCCAGCCAAUUUCGAUUGUUUCCAUUAUAAUUAGCAAUGUAAAUUAUGAAUAAAAAAUUACGUUCUUUAAUACUGAACAAUGAAACCACAGUAUUGUAAUGGAAAUUAAUAUAAUUAUGUUCACAAAAACAUACUUUCGCUGAAUUCUAAGACAGAAUGACUGCGGGAAUUAUAGAAUAUAUUCCGGGAAUACCCUGAAUUAUAAAAACUUACCGAAAACAUUUGUUGUAAUCACUGAACAGAGUCUGAGCACUGCUUGGGUAAUAAAACUAAACUUUUUUAACCAUCCAAAUCUAUGCAAUUUACAAAUGGACGACACAAGUUGCUCAGACAACACAGUGAAAAGGAAAGAUUUCAAACUCUAGAGGAAUUUCUUAAUUCUUUCACGGUUAAUAUCUUAAAUAAUAGAUAGGAAUUUUAAGGAGUUAACUUGUGGCGUCCCAAUGUCAUAUUAGUGAUCGCAGUUCUGUUGAAAAAAUAAAUAAAUUGUUUGAUGUAUAACAAUCUUUUAGUUUUACAUUAUUGUAAAUGGUAAAUGUAUUUGUUCCGCUGGAAGUAUUUUAAGUUAAA